AUGACAAGAGCGCAACUGAAAAAGACAAUGACUGUUGCGAAAAAACAAUGCGUGCCGAAGAUCGGAGUCUCUGAAGACAAAAUAAAUAAAAUUGAGGAAGGCGUGUUCAUAGAAGACCCGAAGGUGAUGUGUUUUAUCGCCUGCGUGUAUAAGUCGCUACAAGUGUUCUUCGGGCACAUUACUCGUAAUGAGAACUCCAUGGAACGGUUGGUGGUGCAAGGAAAAGUUGAGGCAAAAGGUCUCGCGGACGCUCUCCGACAAGGUGGACAGACCUUAUUAAAUCGGCGACGCACUCUACGUAAGGCCGAGCCUCCACCAAAGCAGAUAUGUGUGCUGUGUGCUGUGCGAGAAGAGAUGUUUUUCAGCUCGGGGGACUCCACCAAAGCGGAGAUGUGUGCGCUCACAUCUCCGCUUCCAUCGCGGUAUACAAAUCUCGCAGCGAUCUCCAUUGAAGCUGAGCGGAGGGGAGAUGUGUCAAUAACACAAUUCUAUUGGUGGUUAAAAAAACAUCUCCUCUCCGCUCGUCUCGUCUCCAUUUUGGUGGAGUCCCGGCCUAAACGAUUGCUCUCGCUCUGCAAAACAUCGAGCUGCAUGGCGACGCAUCGCGUUUGCAUUAGUGGCACAGGGAUCGACCGAGACAUGACCACUCUGUCAAGAGUGCACGACUGGGAAGAAGUUACGCCGUGUUUUGUACAUAUCAAUCAACUGCCAUUUGUCGUUCGAUGA